GGAAAAAAAAUAAUUAGCAGGGUGACAUUUGAUUCCCCUGCUUUGUUGUCCUUCAUCCUGGUCAACGUUUGUGGAAUCUGUAGCUCUGGACUCGGCAAUUGGAAAUUCGGGCAACGCUCCAGAUAGCAUUUGAUUCAGGGAGUGGGCCCACACCGUCGUGUAUACGCCGUGGCCCGUGGCUCAUGCAGACCAACACGUGGCGAGUCCCAACGCUUCCACAGCAUACCGCCUCUGAUUCUCACAACACAUGCCGAUGAACUCCACCGUCUUUGCAGGCGUCCAACUCCCUUUUCGCUAGCCUGUUACAGAGGCUUCCCGGCUUCGCUGCCAGGGCAGGGCACAACAAGAAAGACUACACUACACAUACGAGCAGCAGAGUUGUGAGCUCGUGAUACUGCUGACCUGCGAGGCGAGGCGAUUGGUUAGGACCUAGGCCUCGCUCGGAUCCAUGCAGGUCCCUGCGGGUUUCCUCGGCAAGCUCUGGAGCUUCGUGUCCUUCGUGCCCUUCUUCAUCCUCCUCCUGCUCCUGGGAUCCAUCAAAGCUGUCCUAAUCGGUCCGGUUACGGCUUCCAUCGUAUUCUUUGGAAACUCUGCGGUUAUUAUUGGUCUCUGGCCUGCACAUUUCAUCUGGACAUACUAUUGUGUUCUUAAAACCGAAAGGAUCGGGCUGGAGUUGAAGAUUCUUAUUGGAAUUCUGUUGCCAUUACCACUGCUUCUCUUGCCAGUACUUGCCAUUAUUGGGAGUCUUCUGAGUGGUAUAGGAUAUGGAGUUUUUGUACCUCUUAUGGCCACCUUUGAGGCUGUUGGUGAGGGUGUCACUGACAAGCUGAGUCAUUGUUUUAUGGAUGGAACUGUAAGCACAAUAACUGGAGCUUGCACGGUUGUCCGUGAUGUCACCGAUUUCUGCUUCCACUCGUACUUCUCUUUCAUGGAUGAUCUUAUUGAGAAAAUGGGGGACGAUGAAGCACCUCUUGGCAUCAAGUUGUCUUAUCUACCACGAAGCAUGCUCGUUGCCUUCAUUGCUGUUCCAGUGGAUGUGCUGAUGAUAAGUGCAGUGGCUCUGUGGAAAAGCCCCUGCAUGUGUUGAAAAGGAUGGCAAAGGUUAUGUGAGGAUCUAGUUGGAAGGGAAGGACCAUUUUUAGAAACUGUAUGUGUGCCUUUUGCUGGUUUGACCAUUAUACUGUGGCCACUUGCUGUGAUUGGGGGGUUACUAGCUUCAUUUUUCAGCAGCUUCUUCUUUGGGUUUCGUGCAGGACUGAUUGCAUAUCAGGAGGCUUCUUUCCAAAUGGGACUUGCAUACAUGAUUUCAGGAGUAGCAAUUUUUGAUGAAUAUACCAAUGAUUUGCUUUACCUAAGAGAAGGAUCAUGCCUUCCAAGGCCCAAAUAUCGGAAAGCAGAUAUCAGGAAGUGUGAAACUGGCAAGGAAGGGCAGAAGGUUACGACUGAACCUGCAGAGAAGCAACAAACUGGCCAUCAUAAGCAUAGAAGGGUGUUGCAUCCAUCGAAGACAUUCAUGCAAACAGUCCAGCGACUAAGACCAGUUCAAAUAUGGGAUUGGUUCUUCCGGUCCUGUGAGCUGAAUGGAAGAAUAUUACUGAGUGAGGGCCUGAUCACUGCCGAAGAUAUGGAGGAAUAUAUCACCAAAGGAAAAUGCAAGAAGUUGGGGACUAAAUUACCUUCCUGGUGUAUCUUUCAGUGUCUAUUACGAUCUGCAAAUUCUGAUUCGGAUGGUUUGCUCAUAUCUGAUAAUGUUGAAGUGACAAACCUCAACUGGCCUAAAGACAGAGUAUUUGACUGGUUGCUUGGACCACUUCUGGUCAUCAAGGAUCAAAUGAGGAAACUGGAGAUCACUGAAGACGAGGAGACGUGCUUGAGGAAGCUGAUCAUGACAAACAAGAACGAGAAGCCAUCUGACUGGGACGAUGCUGGUUUCCCCUCAGAUGACAAUAUAAAGAGAGGUCAGCUGCAGGCUAUAAUCAGAAGGUUGCAAGGGAUUGUGGCCAACAUGUCCCGAGUACCGAGUUUCAGGAGGCGCUUCAUCAACCUGGUCAAGGCGAUGUAUCUAGAGGCAAUUGAAGCAGGAACUAUCGACGGAUCGCGUGACAUCAAGCGCAAAGUUAAGGCGGAUGUUGGUACUGAAAAAUUCGGCGACAGAGGUGCAGAAGAUAUUGCCGGUUCAUCAACUCACCCUCAAUCGAAUAUUGACAUUGUGUGAUAAUGUACUAGUGUAGUGUGCACAAUUAAUAUCUUUUGAACACUCCUCUCCUGUGAGCCUGGAUUCAGGAUCGCAGUUUCUCUAGUAUACGGUUUAUUGUGGAAAGAAACUUGUUAAUACCACGUUUAAGGGAUCAAGGCACGAAUUCUGUGGGACGUGGUGGUUGUAGUUUAUUUCUAUUCUGUUCUACAAUAGCAGUUCUCUUGUUCAUUCUUGUCCGGGUCAU